AUGCUGACCUGCGAGUGGCUUGGCGAUCUGCCUGAAGGCGUAACAGAAUUGGCUUUCCGUUGGUAUAAAGAAUUAAAUCAAGAAGAAAUGAUUCCUGGCACCCAAAUUCAGGCUAUGCCCAUCUUGUACCAGACGACAAAGAAGGAUCCGAAUGUCGUCAAGCUCUGGACAUGCCAGGCAUACGAUGCGGAGAAAAACGUAGUGCAUGGACAGGCAACCCUCGACUUAAAGGCAACGGCCACCAAAAAAAACACACCAAUCGGUAGAUAA